UAAUAACUUCUCUUUAUCUCUAUCUCAUUGAUAGGAAAGUUGGCGGUUCGAUCCCUUCAAAAAUCUAAUUAUUAUUGGUUAAGUUUCAAUAUAAGAUCGUCUGCCAUAUUUAAAAAAAAAUUCGUAAGAUUCGAUAGGCUUUCGUACCCGAUUAUUAGUUGUUUUUUUGUUCUAAGCGACUAGCUCGGAGCGUACACCCUGCAGGCCUCUCUGUCUCCCGACAGGGACACAAUGAGCCCUGCCUGGAGGUGGGGCCUAGUAUUCAUGAGCUAGAGCUUUUUAACGUCGUACUCCCCGGGGCACCGAGCAUUUGACUGGCAUCACCAGUCCUAGACAGACGUGCUAUCUCGCUCGGGUGUGUGUUGUGUCACGUGUCACACUUGGCACGAGCCAAGCUCUAUGACUUCGAAUCGCAGGGAUCUCGAGAAACUCUCUGAAGUUAAUAAGAUGUCACUCAAGUGUUUAAGUAAAGAAUCCAACGGACCUGAACUUCUUCGUUGCAAGAGAAGGAUUCAGUUCAGUCAACUGGCUUACAGUUUGCCUCAAACACAACCAGCAGCGGUGGCUAGACGUAACGAACGCGAGAGGAACAGGGUGAGAAUGGUUAAUUUGGGCUUCGCUACCCUCAGACAACACGUCCCACACGGAGCUAAAAACAAGAAAAUGAGUAAAGUGGAAACGCUGAAGUCUGCGGUGGAAUAUAUCAAACAGUUACAGCAGCUUUUGACGGAACAAGACGGAACAGGGUCGACCAGUUCGGGUGACGAGAACAUCUAUCCUGGAUACAGCGACCAUCUGCCAUCCACGCCAUACACGCCGUCCUCCGCUGCUGCAACUGUUACAUCUCCUACGUAUUCUGGCACGAGUUCUCCGACGCCAAGUCUCAGCUCGGGUGCCUCAUCUCCCUAUAACUCUUUCGGACCAGAAGACGAGGAACUUUUAGAAUUUGCAACGUGGUUUUCAUAAAGAAGACUUCAGAAAAAACACACACACAGAUAUAUACACAGGUUCUCCAUCACGUGACACGAACCAUUGGUGUGGUGUCUACAUUUCCGUUACACGAACCAACGGAUGUUAUAAAGAACAACGGAUGAAUGAUUUCUCGUUUACGUUUUCGUGUGUUCUACAAUUUUCUCUGUUUUGUGCACAGAAAAUUCGGGUAUAUAUAUAUAUAUAUAAAUAUAUAUUUUAUUUAUACGAAAAAUUAAUAAAUUUAUGAACAUUCCACUUGAAAUUCUUAACGAAUCACAAUUAAAUUCACGGAUAAUCCCUCAUGUAAUUUAUAAAUUUACCACUUUACUGUUUAAAGAACCAGUUCCUGAGUCGACAUCUAAAAAGUUUUCUCCAAAAAGAAAAAAAAAUCACCAAAUUGUC